ACAGUGUCCAUGGCCUAUAUCUUUAAAGGCAUUAUCUUUGCUACUCCAGAACGGAUUAUUCGCGCUUCCUUGAAAUACUUUGUAAUUAACUUAUUUUCCAUUUCCGCCUAUUAUUAAAGGUUUUCUCGAAAGACUGUUUAAUUGUGAAAAAGGAAGUAAACCACUAUGGAAGAAUACAAAAUUUUCUAUAUUGAGAAAUUGUAUAACCUAGUUAGAAAAAAACCUACAACUAGCACAUAUAAGAAUAUUAUACUAUAGUGUUUGCAAUUAAAAUUAUGUUCAAAUAGUACUUGCGUUGGAUUUUCAUUGAUAGAAUGCAUGUUAGGCUAUCAGUUUUAAAUGAGAGUUUUAGAUAUGUAAUCAUGGAGAAAUUUCUUUUAAUAAUUGACUUUUGCUAGAUACACAUUGCAAAUAAGAAAAAAGAAACAUGGCCAGAUUAUUUGUGAACACGUUGAGGGCACAAGUACAAUCGAUUUCCAAGUACGCACGAAAUGCAUCAUCUCUGAUUGGAAGGGAUUUCUUGACCCUUAAAGAUUAUGAAAAGGACGAAAUAGAAACUUUACUAUGGACUGCAAAAGAUCUUAAAUGUCGCUUAGGGAAUGGAGAAAUUUACGAACCUUUGAAGGGAAAGGUAGCUUCUCUUAUCUUCCAGAAACGUAGUACUAGAACUAGGCUAUCGUCGGAAACAGCUUUUUCCCUUCUCGGUGGAAAAGCAUGCUUUCUAAGUCCUGAUGAUAUUCAUUUAGGGGUCAAUGAGACAAUUCGCGAUAGCGCCGUAGUACUUUCACGCUUUUCCGAUGUUAUAUUAGCAAGGGUUUACGGUCAGAAAGUGUUGGAUGACUUGGCCAAUUUUGCUGACAGACCAAUAGUAAGCGGAUUAAGCGACACAUAUCAUCCUUUGCAGGCCUUGGCCGAUAUAUUAACAUUACAAGAGCACUUUGGUUAUGUCAAAGGGUUGAAAUGUGCGUGGGUAGGAGAUGGUAAUAAUAUUAUUCAUUCCCUAAUUUUGGGAGGUUUACCUCUUGGAAUGGAAUUUAGAGUGGCGACUCCGUCAGGAUACGAAUGCUUUGAUCACGUUAUCAAAGAUGCAAAAAACUUGGCUGAGAAACACCAAGCUACAUUAACUUUUACGAACAAUCCGUUCGAAGCAGUCAGCGGAGCGGAUGUAGUAGUAACCGAUACGUGGAUAAGUAUGGGGCAAGAGGAUGAGAAAGAAGCAAGGCUCAAGGCAUUCGCCGAUUAUAGAGUCACGAAGAAAUUGAUGUCUAAUGCUUCUAAGGAAGCAGUUUUCUUACAUUGCCUCCCGAGGAAACAAGAGGAAGUAGACGAUGAAGUAUUUUACGAUCCAGCGCGUUCACUCGUAUGGGAGGAAGCGGAAAAUCGAAAGUGGACUGUAAUGUCUGUUUUUCUUCAUUUAUUGGCCAACCAUCGUCCUCUAAUCAACAAACCGAAAUUCUAA